AUGGCGAGCAAUCUUAUAAUAAAUGAAUUUAUGACGUUCAUUCAGAACAAGAUCGACUGUCUCGAUGAGUUAUCCAUAGUGCAAAUUUGUGUAUCUAGUUUUUCUGACGGUGAGAUUGAAACCGGCAAAAACGUUCUUUUUGAAAACACGGGAGGAAUAACUAGAAAUAUCCAAAGAAAGGGAGAGGACAAGAACAAGAAGAAUAUUAAGGAUGUCAUUAAGAGACUAAAAGAAACAGACCCGACGCUGCAACCAAUAUUUGUUGCAAAGGAUUUAAACCGCCUACCACCUGUUACUUUUGAGCAUGUUGACGUGACUCGGCUACUAAAAGACCUAAGUGCCAUGAAAAGCGAGCUUCAAAAUAUUCGUAGUGGAACUGUCUCGAAAACUGAAUUUACUCAAUUUCAAACGAAAAUCAGCUCGGAUAUAUCUCAGCUUCUGACUUGUACUAAAAAACCUGACCAAAUUACGUCCCCGAAAUCCCGAGAUCCAAGAGUGACACCGAAGAAAAUAAUUUCAACACCGUCUGAUAAGGAUGCAUUGUCGCCUGUACUUGUACCACAACGCAACCGUGCGAGCUCCAUCGAGACCGUGUUCACUCCGACCUAUCGUGAUAUGGUGCAACGUCCGCUGCGGCAGGCGAGUACAAACUUUAUGCAAGCGCGCCGUUCGGGUCACGAUCGCGUGGCAUCGAAAAUUCCACUGACCGCUCGUGAAGCGAAUAUUGCUACCUCCUCCGUCGUCGACGACGAUUUUAAGUUAGUGAUUCGUAAGAAAACUAAGCUUAAAAAUAUGCGUGGCACAUUGCAGAACUCGGCUCGAAUUUUAGUAAGCGAAUCUAAAAGUGCCAUUUACUUGUCUCGGGCUAAAAAGAGUACGACUGACGACGACAUUAAAAACCAUAUUAGAGACAUGAACCAAGAAUGCUACAGCGUUGAAUUGUUGAAACAAAAUCAUGACGUAGAUUUUAAUUCUUAUAAAAUAGUGGUUCCUAGCAGCCAGCUGAGUACCUUCUUGAAUAGUGACUUUUGGCCUAAGGGCUUAGUGUUUCGUCGCUUCAGAGAUCGUAAUGCGCAAAGCGCUGCCGCUACUAACAAUAAAAUUAAUGGAUAG